AUGACCUCCUCUUUGACUGAAGCAACAAGUCAAGAGAUUAUUCAGGUGGCUGCACAUGUCCUGGCUUUUGGUACGCUCCAGACAACAACAACAGCUGAAUUCCAGUCUCUCACAGCCACUCUACGAUCUCUGCGCGCCGACCUUGCGCACGCGGCCAACCUCCCCAACAUGAGUUCACAGUGCUCAUCCCUGUUUCUCGCCUUACGACAACUGACUACUGCUCUGCUGACAAGCGACUUCCCGCGCCAUCUUGACUCAACAGACGGCCUGAACCACCUUGCUCUGAGCAUCACACUGCAGUGUCUGUGCAACUUAUUCUCCCUAGCGGCUACCAACGAUUUCGGUCUGACAAGUCAGCUGGUAGAGCCUCUUGCUGCCUCACUAAUGAACAAUGAAUCCACCCAGCGAUGGGUACUCUGUCUGGAUGAGGAGUUGUCCCUCUGGCGCAUCCGUAUAGCUACUUAUUCAUUCACACUAAUGACACACAUUGUCCGCCUACCCUGCGCCCCUGUUUCUUCUCCGACAUUUCUCUGGCUAACGGCACGCUGUAUGAGACGGAUUGUUGCUGCUGCCUCUGCGUCGACUGAUAUUGCACCGGACAUGCUCAAGCUGUUGCAGCUCUGGUUCGACCACUGUCUCUCUGCGCUAGCCGGUUUGAGCCUUUCAACUGAGCUACCUGAGUCUGAGCGAGGACUGACUGAAUUCUCAGCCUCUUUGGGCACAAUUUUGCUUCUGGAGUCACAGCAGGUUUCCCUCGAGAAACUUGAUUCACCUCCGAUGAAGAAACUGGCAGCCUCCUGUUUGGCAGCCCAUCUUCCAGCUGUUGACCCACAAAACUUCACUGUCCUAAAUAGGCUUAUGCUGCACUGUGUGUCGGUAAUGAACAGCUGUACUCACGAAGUCCCGUUUCGCCUUUUGAAGAAGGAGAAGGAGGACAAUGAGCCCUUGACCCCCAACUUCCAGGUAGGGUUUCAUGGCUGAUGAAUUACCAACUGCUUACUACUUCGUGUGGGUCACGAUCAUCUCGGUUAUUUGUACUUGCUAAUUGUUUCCCUAUGCGCACUCACGGUGAUGAUGAUGAUCAUGAUGACGACGACGACGACGACGACGACGACGACGACGAUGAUGAUGGUGGUGGUGGUGGCGGUGAUGAUGAUGGUGGUGGUGGUGGUGGUGGUGGUGGUGGUUGUGGUGAUGCAGGUUGUUAUUGUUUAUUACUUCCUAUAGCCUACCAAGGUCCAUGACCAUCGAUGAAAUGAGCUGUGUCCGCCCUAGCAGAGGUGUUCAAAUCUGCCAAGACGGCUUGACGGUAUGGCUGGCCUAUUUUAUAGGCCUUGUUAAUCUCUGAUCGCGCGACCGCGAUCUGCAGCGCCCUUAUGACGGUUGGAGUAAACAGAUAUCACCAAGAGCAGCCCUCAACCAAUCAUGACGAUUAAGCUAACACUGUCCAAAUCUGCGGCGUGUGAAUUCUGCAAAACGAGGUCGAUUUCCUUGCAGGAAUGAUUUUCAUUAUAACUCUAAAAAUACGUGCUUCUGACACACACCUACAGUAGGUGGGCUAACUCAUGAAAUGCCAACCGAGAUUCGAAAUGCGUUUUCGAUUUGAAAAGAUUAAUUAAGUAGGGUUGUAAAACCAAUCAUCGUGCAACAUAAUUCUAUAAUAAUUCAGUUACCUCCGAGUGCCAGCUUUCGAACAAACUUCUUUUCGGCUGCAUGCAGAAACCACACUCUGUAAAAAAUGACUAUUUAAGUAGCAUGCACUUUUCUCAUUGAUUUUCGAUGCCUUUAGAAAGUCAAUUAUAUUUCAUAGAAAACAUGCAUAAAAAUCUUCAUUCUUCUUCUCAUUCGGUAGACAAUUACGUCUUCUUUCAAUUUUAUCCUCGAAGAAACGGUUUAAUUCGGUUUUAAAAACUUCCAAUUCCCGAAUAAUUCUGAACUCGACCUGCCGUUACACUUGCAUUCAGGAUUUCCAAAUUACAAGCCCUGUAUUUUCCCCGUAUGGAAAACCGUAAAUUUCUCUACGGUAUUCAGAGGAGAUCAUAUGGGGUUCAUAGAAUUUAGCAGUGGAUUUGAGCCAUAUUGUUAACUUCGAAAGCAACACUAGCAAAUGUAGAGAUAUGACGUUUUAUGAACGGCUAUUUCACGGUAUUAAAAAAGCUCACAAUUAGAAACUUUUCUAAAACCCAAUUAUGUCUCUCCUUCGAGUAUAAAAUUGAAAUAAGACGUAAUUUCCUACCGAAUGAGUAAAAGAAUGAAUAUUUUAUUUAUGGUUUCCAUGAAAUAUAAUUGACUUUUUAAGGGCAUUGCAAGUCCAUGAGAAAGUCCAUGCUAAUUUAGCAGUCGUUUUUUACAGAGUAUAGUUUUUGCAUGCAGCCGGAAGGAAGUUCAUUCGAAAGCCGGCAUCCUGACGUAACUGAAAUAUUAUAGAAUUAUGUUGCAGGCUGACUAGUUUUGCAACCCUACUUAAUUAAUCUUUUCGAAGCGAAAACGCAAUUCGGAC